CUUGCAGCUAUCCUAUCCGAAGACCAAAGCCAGGCACUUUGCCCAUAACCAUCCUUAUCGAUCUCUCCUGUGAGAGAAUCUCUCCAUACAGCGGCUUCUGCCCAACAAGCAGCGUGCAAAGAAGCAAGGCCGGCAAGCUGGACUUGCAACAUGGCUCGCCUGAAUGAAUCAACAGCCUCUGUGGAGUCUGUCGAAGCUCUUAAAAGGCGGUUUGUCAGACAGAAUCGCGAACUUGCCAGAGUGAAUUCGAUGCAAUCGCUUCGCAUACGCAGUCUGGAGUCUGAAGUCUCUCAUCUACUUGCCGAAAAUGUCUCCCUGAGAGAGCAAACGAUUACCCUUGGUCAGGAGAUAGAUAGGUAUGAGGCGGCGAAAUUGCUGCAUGACGGAGUAUAUGAUAUCAAAACAAAGCUCGAGAAUAAGUUGGUUGAGCUAAAUAAUCUGGUCAUUGGUCUUGGCGCCUUACCUCGUCAAUUCAGCAAGACAUAUAACGAAAGAUUUGAUAGUGGGGCGCAAAGAGAUUCGGCGCAGUCGAACUGGGACCAAAGGCGCGAGGCAAAUUAUGAACCAAAUUUCGCGCCCGAACAGGAUUGGAGACUUCCUGUUAUUCCGGAAGACCAGGAUUACCCACGGGACGAAUCAGGGUCUUAUGAACUUCUUGUAUCGAUAGACAGCACCGCAGAGACGCCGACGCCGCUAAUAGCCGAGAGUUCAACCACUCAAGCUCAGUUUGAGCAGACCAAUUCACACCUACCAUCGUCGAAUGGUUUUGCGGACUACAAGACAAUCGAAGGCGUUUCAGGAAUCAAUGAUUCCUUUCUUCCCCCGACGCUGGAAACAAGGAAGAAGCGAAAGUACAAUACAACUUCGACAAAUGAACCUUUGCAUGUCAAUUCUGAAUCGAUUCAAUCGUACCUGAGCCCCGAACGUCUCCAAAGUACCAACAUCAAAGAUGAUUUCAGUCCAGAGUACGAGACUGCUGUGACGACUUCGCCAGAAGAUGAUUUCAAAUUCAACCGGCCGACUGCGCUUAGGAAGUGCGAGCGCAGCGAACCAUGCGUUGACCUGGCGGUCAAAGGACCACCAGAGGUAAAGAACGAUCCAAUGGGGAAUGGACAACCCAAGCGCAAGGCGCUCAAGCCAAAGAACCCGAACUUGGAUUUAGUCUCCUCGGGCAGGCUUCGGGCUCCAGCAAAAGGGAAUCACUUUCAACCUUCUGUUGUCGGUGGUGUCAGGAAUGAAGAGUAUGCCUCAAAAUCAACAACAGCAAAUGAAAGUAUUUCUCCUGGACAAAAUACACGAAUGGGGGGGGAUGAUGCCGACGAUUCUGAUGAUCAUGGAGAUGAGAGAAAGCACAAGCCGACCACUACAGAGCCAGGAUGUACGAAAGAAGAACUGAAGCCUUCGUCACCAUUAACUGCUGUGCCAAACGAGGCGUCAACAGCACUGUCGGACGCGCCGUCACGACCCACCCGGCGCCAGAGAGCAGUGGUGAGCUAUGCGGAGCCGAACUUACGAGACAAGAUGCGGCGCUCCAACAAUGAAUUAAUAGCAGCAGUUGGGAAUGGCCAAUCAAGGAGGGUCUCGAAUUCUCAGAUCACGAAAACAGACACGUGUGAUGGAAGUAUUGGACGAGCAAAUUCCCGGGUUAACUCGAGUUCCAUGGACAUGGAUAGUACUGCAGUACCUUUCUCGGAUGGGUCAGCUACACACCAAAUGAAUUCGGUGUCACAGAGAAAACGCAAAAAUUCACCAUCUUUAGAUACUUCGUCAGGGAAGUAUCGUUCUUCUAAUGGGUCAAUCGAUGCUUCACCCGUUGUGAUGAGUCCCAGUUAUGAAAGACAACCCAAAAACAAGAGCAUCAGGGAACUAAAAACAAACAUGGAAGGGCGUUCACGGCAGCCAGAAUUUGGAAACAUCGGUGAUGCAUCAGUGGAACUUGCGGAUGUUUCCAAAACAGCACCACAUACAAAGAAGCAAGCUCGGCGACAUUCCUCAAACCAAAGAUCGUACUCGCGAGAGCCUCCUCCACUUCAACAUAAUAAGGUUGUCUCGGACAAAGAAUCACCAAGCGCUUCGUCACCAUCUUUUUUGGCCAGACUAUCUUCCUCCAGUGAUCCCAUAAUGGAUGAAAUGUCUGCCCCGUCAGAGAUCCAGGCAGAUGUCUCAGAAAGCCUCCAUAACGAGUCAACGUCAUUGGAAAUCGGAACUAGCCAGACUAGGAGGGCACAGCGGGUGUCCGUGAGAAGAAGAAGUAUGAUGCUGUGAGUGAGCAGAUCAGGUUGAUCAGGACACAUUGUAUGUAAGCGAAUUUCUGCGCCAAAGGCCUAUU